AUGGUUACAAAAUAUGAUAAGUCAAAACGUGCUCAAUUUGAAUAUACUUCAGAGAAUCCAUGUAUGGUUUCUGAUAAUAAAUCAUUACGUUUAGGAUCUGUGAUUUUAUUAAAAGAUGAAAAAGUAGAUGGAUUAGAAGUAAUUAAUGUUGGAAAAUAUGGUUUAUUUGGAGAUGAUGGAACUGAUAUAAUUUGUAACUGGAAUGGUUAUCCAUUAUUGGUACAAUGUAAAUUUCGUAGUAUAUGUGAUAAUUGUGUUAGUAAAAAAAAUUAUUGUACUCAUAGUUAUUGGAAAACCGAUAUGAUAAAUGAUAUUAAAAAAUUAGAUAAAAAAUUAUCUGAAUAUAAAACACAAAAGAUGGAAUGGUCUAUAAGUCUUGAUAAUAAAAAACUUAUAGAAUUACAAUCAGCAUAUAGACAUUUAGAACAAAUAGUAGAUGAUAAAGUAGAAAAAGUAACUAAAAAAUUUUUUGAAAAUACAAAAAAAAUACUUUAUUAUAUUAGACAAGCAUAUUAUAUCAAUAGUUUAGAUGACAUUUGUAAUAGUUUAGAUAAUUUAAAAAUAGUAUAA